AUAACCUGACGUUAAAAUAACCGGUAACAGUUUGAAUGCCUGUCCCUUCAUGAUUUUUUAAAAACUGUUUAAAAGUUUUAUGUUAUUAAGUUAGUUAUCGCUUGUAUUGGCGUUUUAACGUUUAUUUAACGCAAAAUAUUCUUUUGGAGAGUGUUUUUAUUAAGUUUUUGUGAGGAGGGAUGGGAGUAUUAACGGAAUGUGAUUUUGUUUAAAAAUUAAAAUAUUUUAUUAUGGAUCCCAACGAGUCGACGGACUCGUACACAUGCAGGCUGCCGAAUAUCGAAGAUUUUAAAAUCCUCAAGCCUAUAAGUCGUGGGGCGUACGGCAAGGUGUUCCUCGGACAGAAAAAUGAUAAACCGGACAAGUAUUAUGCAAUAAAAGUGAUGAAAAAAAGCGAGAUGAUAAAUAAAAACAUGGUCCAUCAAGUGAACAGGGAAAGAAACGCGUUGGCCCUGUCGCGAAGUCCCUACUGCGUCCAGCUAUUUUAUUCACUUCAGAGUUCCUCUUGUGUCUACCUCGUCAUGGAAUAUCUGAUAGGCGGGGAUUUGAAGUCCUUGCUAAGCAUGUCCGGCUUUUUCAACGAAUUUGUCGCCACGUUUUACAUAGCGGAGGUUGCCCUCGCUCUCGAGUACCUACAUAAGCAUGGGAUCAUCCAUCGAGACAUAAAGCCAGACAAUAUGCUGUUGACCGCUCAAGGCCAUGUCAGGUUGACAGACUUCGGCUUGAGCCGUAUCAGCGUACUGAGGGAUUUGGAAAUCGAAGACCUUGUUAACAUAUCGCCGAAUAUUGUCAACAAAAGAACCCCUGGGCAGAUUUUAUCGUUGACUUCACACCUGUCCUUUGGCUCCUGCGAACAGAUAAAGUGCACGCCUGAAAUGAACAAGAGCAGGGAACUUUCCGAAACACCUGUUUUGCCGUGUCGAAGCUUAAGCACGUCCAGGAGGCCGAACGCUCUGUCAUUCGGCAGCCACGUCGAUCAGAACAGUUCCGUCGAGUCAACAUUUUUCACAUGUUCUUCUUAUUCAAACAGCCGUGGGACAAGCGAAUUGUCAGACAAUAACGAACAUUCAUAUCUGAGCAGGUCGAACAAUGAAAACAUGCAGCCCUUAUUGAUCCAAAAAUUAAAGAACGCCCCUUGUAGUACUGGUAUAUCGCAGGAGUUGGAUAUUCUAGACUUGUCCGAUAUCGAUCCGUUAGGAACGCCCAACAGAUUUUCUAAAAGGAGUCUUAAAGAAGAAAGUCCUUUGAGAGGGGUACUGAAGAGUAAAAGUCUCUCUGCGGCAAAAGAGAGACCAGUAGUCAUGAUGUCGACACCAGUUUCUGCAGUGAAAAGAUUCAAACCUGAUAGUUAUAAUGUUUUAAAGAAAACCAGGUUCAAUCUCGACUACAACCUUGAACGUGAUGAUUCUAGAAUGGCUGAGUUGUCGAUGAGCCCUAUAGUUACGCCGAGCGUGAAGAAUGUCGCAUUCAAAACGCCAAAAUCCGUGAGGAAGGGUAAACUGCAGAGUUCGAAUAUUAGAAUCCUCGGGACUCCGGAUUACCUCGCCCCCGAGCUUCUUCUGAAGCAGGAAUACGGCAAUAAAGUCGACUGGUGGGCUCUCGGCGUGUGCAUGUACGAAUUCAUGACUGGAGUUCUCCCUUUCAACGACGACACCCUCCAGCUCGUCUUCGCGAAUAUACUCAAUCGGCAGUUGGACUGGCCCGAGGGAGAAGAGGCGCUCACAGAUGACGCCCGCGAAGGCAUAGAGGCUCUUCUCACCCUCGACCCGAACGCAAGACCGAACGGUGAAGAACUAAAGCGCUUUUCAAUUUUCAAAAACAUCAACUGGGAUAAUCUCUACGAGAGUGAAGCGCCUUUCAUACCACAGCCUGACAACGAUAUGGACACGACAUAUUUUUCAGCUCGCAACAAUCUUCAAAAUCUCAAGGUCUCAGCAUUUGAUCUUUAAGUAUUACUAUAAUGAAAAUAGUGUAAAUAUUCUUAAUUGUAAACUGUAUAAAAUAAAUGCAUUUAAAAAUAAA